ACGCGGCCUCUCCCUCCCUCCCCCCAACGCCACCGAAGAAAGGCUCUCACCAAUCCAACGGUGCUCGAUCCAUCCAUCCAUCCAAUCCGCCUCGCUCCAUCCAUGGCGUCUGCGGAUGCGGUCUCGCCGGCGCCGGCGACGUCCGCCGCGGCGCAGCAGCAGCUGCGGACCGUGGUGCUGAGGGUGUCCAUCCACUGCCUCGGAUGCAAGAAGAAGGUCAGGAAGGUGCUCAGGAGCAUCGAAGGCGUGAAGGAUGUGAAGGUGGACGCCGCGAUGCACAAGGUGACGGUGACCGGCACGGUGGACGGCGACACGCUCGUCAAGAGGCUGUACAAGUCCGGGAAGCAGGCCGUGCCGUGGCAGCACCCGCACGUGGCGCCGGCGCCGGAGGCGGUCAAGGCGAUAGAGGCCGCGCCGCAGCAGCCUGAGGCUGCGCCGGCCGGGGACGACGACGGCGGCAAGGGUAGUGAUGCUGCGGCUGCGGCGGCGAAGGAGGCCGCGGCGCAGGCAGAGAGCUCGGAGGAGAAGAAGACGGAGGAGAAGCCCGAGGCGGAGAAGGAAGCAGAGAAGAAAGAGGAGGAGCAGGAGGCGAAGCCAAGCGACGAGGCGAAGAAGGACGCCGGCGGCGAGAGCGAGGCGGCGCCGGAGGCGAAGGCGAAGGGCGACGACGUUGGCGCCGAACCCGCCAAAGAAGCCGUUCCCGCGGCGGCGGUGAAGGAGGCUAGCAAUGACGACGAAGGAGCAAAGGACGAGAAGAGCAAGCCCAAGGACGCCGGCGACGCCGCGCCACCCGCCGCCGCCACAACGACGGAGAGGUCCCUGCACUUCUCGCCGACGCCGGCGGCGCACAAGCAGCACGAGGAGCACUACCCCUACCCGUACUACGGCGCGCCGCAGCCGGUGAUGAGCUACCACAUGGCGCAGCCGACGACGAGCGUCUCCUACUACGCGCCGCGGCCGGAGCCGGCGUACUCCAUGCAGCAGCACCCACCGCCGCCGGCGUACUCCGCGCCGCCGCCGCAGCAGCAGCAAUACCCGCCGCCGUCGCCGUCGCCGCAGCCGCAGGCAAUGCAGCAGCAGUGGUCGCCGUCGUACCUGUACAUGCCGUACCCGCACUCGUCGCCGGACACCUACUACCGCGACUACUACAGCCCGCCGGGGACGGCGCACGCGCCGCCGCUGCAGGACGAGUACCGCAUGUUCGACGACGAGAACCCCAACGCCUGCAGCGUCAUGUGAACGCCACGCGCCGCCGCCGCCGCCGCCGGCUAGCAGGCCAGGCCGGCCGGGAGAAGUAGUAGUUGAGGAGAGGUAGAGUAGCUUGUUUACACUCUCCUCCAUUGGAGAGGUCAAAGCUCUCCUUCACCGAGCAUUUUCUUUUUUUUUUCUUUUUCCUUUUUUUUUUCUUCACUUCCUCUCUUACUGUUCUAAUUAACUAGAGCAUGUAAUUGUAAUGAGACACGCCAAAUUAUAUAUGUUUUUCUCUUAUCAUUUUGUAUAAGGCAAAGACAUAUACAUAUAUAUAACAGAUUACAUAACUACUAUAAGUACUAA